AUGGUGGACAUCGUCGGGUGCGCGGUUCCACGAGGAGUCAGGAGGCGUCAUCAGAACUUGGUGGGUUGUCCAGCGCCGCAAACCCUAGACGAGCAGAGCUCUCGCCACCGCCGAAAUUCCACCAUGCCGUCGCACAAGACAUUCAUGAUAAAGAAGAAGCUCGCGAAGAAGCAGAGGCAGAACAGGCCCAUCCCUUACUGGAUCCGCCUGCGCACCGACAAUACCAUCCGCUACAACGCCAAGCGCCGCCACUGGCGCCGCACCAAGCUUGGAUUCUGA